AUGGAAUCUUUGACAACACUAGUUGCAAAUAAUACUGGGGUAAAGUACGUUCCUGUUAUAGAAGAAGCUAGUUCUAGGCCACUUACUUGGAAGCCUAAAAACAAAAGUGGAAUCUUCUCGCUUAACGACGACGCAUUUGGUGUUCGCUUUGCUCCGUAUCAUACGUUUUCUAUUUCUCGUCUUGCAAGCGUUGACUUGAAAGUCAUUCAUCGAAUCUCUCAAUCAAUGUCAUUUUCUUCAUCAUCAUUCUCGAAUCCUCGAUGGAUCUACGACGUGUUCAUCAACUUCAGAGGAGAAGACACGCGUAACAGCUUCGUUUCUCAUCUGCACGCUUCCCUGGCAAAUGCGGGAAUCCAAACGUUCAUCGAUGAGUCACUUCGCAAAGGAAAGAUGCUGAAAGUAGAAUUAAUGGAAGCAAUAAAAGCGUCUCACAUAGCAGUGGUUGUUUUCUCCAAAAGCUACGCUGAAUCUUCAUAUUGUCUUCAUGAGCUAACGGAAAUCAUGCAAUGCCACGCAAGUUAUGGGCAAGUUGUUGUGCCCAUUUUCUAUGACGUUGAUCCAGCUGAUGUGCGUCAUCACAAGGGUGCUUUUGGAGAACCUUUGGAAGCGCUGGCAGCAAAAAGAUACUCACAGGAAGUGGCUGAACCUAUGUUGUCCUGGUGGAAGAAAGCUCUCACCCAAGCUGCAAAUUUGACUGGUUGGGAUAUCAAGAGUUACCGAAGUGAAGCUGAGCAAGUGAAGGAAAUUGUUAAGUACAUCGUGACAAAACUAGGCAACACAUUGUUGUCUAUUACCGAUUUUCCAGUUGGAUUAGAAUCACGUGUGCAAGAAGUGAUUGGUUUCAUUGGAGCUCAAUCAAUAACAGAGUUUUGUAAAAUUGGGAUCUGGGGAAUGGGAGGAUCUGGUAAAACAACCACUGCCAAAGCCAUCUACAAUAAAAUUCAUCGCAAUUUUGAGAAUAGAAGUUUCAUUGAAAAUAUUAGAGAAGUUUGGGAAAAGGAUAACAGAGGGUGUAUCAAUUUACAAGAACAACUUAUUUCAGAUCUCCUAAAAAUAGAUGUGAAAAUAUGGAAUAUUGCGUCAGGGACAACUAUGAUUGAGAAAAGACUUCACCAGAAAAAGGCACUUAUUGUAUUUGAUGACGUGACCAACUUUGAGCAAUUAAAAGCUCUAUGUGGAAAUGGUAAAUGGAUUGGUUCGGGCACUAUAUUAAUUGUUACCAGCAGAGAUAUACGCUUGCUUAACUUACUUGAAGUUGACCACAUUUGCAAAAUGAAGGAAAUGGACGAAAAUGAGUCCCUUGAACUUUUCAGUUGGCAUGCCUUUAGAAAAGCAAGUCCAAGAGAAGACUUCAAUGAACUCUCAAGAAAUGUAGUUCUUUACUGUGGUGGACUACCGUUGGCUCUUGAAGUCCUUGGAUCAUACUUGUAUGAAAGGACAAAACAACAAUGGAAAUGUGUAUUAUCAAAACUAGAGAAAAUUCCCAAUGAUCAAGUACAAGAGAAACUCAAAAUAAGCUAUGAUGGUUUAAAUUGUGAGGAAAAGAAUAUAUUUCUUGACAUAUGUUGUUUCUUUAUUGGCAAGGACAGAGCCUAUGUUACAGAUGUACUAGAUGACUGUGGAUUUUAUCCUGAAAUGGGAAUAACAAUCUUGGUAGAAAGGAGCCUCAUAAAGGUUGAAAAGAAUAAUAAGCUUGCAAUGCAUGAUUUGCUAUGCGACAUGGGCAAAGAAAUUGUUCGUCAAAGUUCAUCACAAGAACCUGAGAAGCGUAGUCGAUUGUGGGCUCAUGAGGAUGUAGUUGAUGUAUUGACAGAACAUACUGGGACCAAAGCUAUUGAGGGGUUGGCAUUGAAAUUGGAAAGAACUAGUAAAGUUUGCUUUGAUACUAAAGCAUUUGAGAAAAUGAAGAGAUUAAGACUUUUGAAACUUGAUCAUGUACAUCUUGUUGGAGAUUAUGAGUUUCUUCCCAAACAUCUAAGAUGGGUCUAUUGGCAAGGAUUUCCUUUAGAGCACAUACCUGACAACUUUUAUCUGGGAAAUGUAGUUGCUAUUGACUUAAAAUACAGUAAUAUUAAACUAGUAUGGAAGGAGCCCCAGUUGUUGGAAACACUAAAAAUCAUCAAUCUUAGUCAUUCAAGGUACUUGACAAAAACCCCUGACUUUUCAAAACUGCCAAAUCUUGAACAGCUCAUUCUCAAAGAUUGUCCAAGCUUGUCUGAUGUACACCAUUCCAUUGGAGAUCUGAGUAAUCUUCUUCUGAUAAAUUUGAAAGACUGUAUAAGCCUUAGCAAUCUCCCAAACAGGAUAUAUCAGUCAAAAUCUUUGCAAACCCUCAUCCUCUCUGGUUGUUCAAAGAUUGACAAAUUGGAAGAAAAUAUAGUGCAGAUGGAAUCCUUGAGAACACUGAUUGCCAAAGAUGCAGCUAUAAAAGAAAUGCCACGUUCGAUAGUAAGAUCAAAAAGCAUUGGAUACAUAUCCCUUUGUGGUUAUGAAGGGUUUACCCGUGAUGUAUUUCCUUCUCUCCUUUGGUCUUGGAUGUCACCAACGAUGAAUCCCAUGUCUUGUAUUCCUUCAUUUGGGAGCAUGUCAUGCUCAUCUUUAGUUUCCAUGGAUAUUUCAUAUCUAGAAAAAACAUCAUUUACAUCAACAUCACAAAUGUUGGAUCAUUCAUUGAGGUCUCUUUUGAUUGGAAUGGGAACUUACUGCCAAGUCUUUGAUGAAUUGAGCAAGGGCAUGUCAAAGGAACUGACUACCAGUGGAUCUACUGGUUUUUCUCUACCCAGUGACAACUUUCCUCAUUGGUUAACCUAUAUUGGUGAAGGACAUUCAGUACUUUUCAAAGUGCCUCAUAGUGAUUGGUUCAUGAAGGGAAUGAUCUUACGUGUUCUUUAUUCAUCCACAGCUGAAAUAAUGGCAGACGAUUGUCUUAGUAUCUUGAUUGUUAAUUACACAAAGUGCACCAUCCAGUUAUACAAGCGAGACACAUCAAUUUCCUUUGAUGAUCAAGACUGGCAAGACAUUAUAUCAAAUCUAGGACCUAAGGACAAUAUGGAGAUUUGUGUUGCUUUUGGGCAAGGAUUGACUAUCAAGAGGACAACCGUUUUUCUAAUAUAUGAUAAAUCGAUUAAUGUGGAUCCAGAGACUUCAUUGAACCCAAAGAAAAAGCUUCGAAAAGACUUCAUAUGA